ACCUAAUCUUCAAUGAAAUCCUUCUCUCUCCCACUCUCUCUGUUAAAUAUCUUCUCACCCAUAACAGAGUAACAGCAACCUCUCUCUCCGUAACCUAGGAAAAUACAAAUACAAACCCACUAGCUUAGCUAAAAUGGACAAGUCUUCUUCCCUAAUUCAAGAAUCCCAAAUCCCCUCCCCCAAAAUCCACAGCCCCACCGCCAAUCCCCUCCGCCACCGCCCCUCGCCGCCCUCCUCCUCCAUCCCCAUCACAAGAUCCGACCCCAACAACCCCUACCCGACCACCUUCGUCCAGGCCGACACCUCCUCCUUCAAGCAGGUCGUCCAAAUGCUCACGGGGUCCACCGAGCCAACCCGCGAGCCCGUCCGCAGCCCGAUUCCCCCGAUGAAGACCGGCCCGAGAAAGGACAAAUCCUCCUCCAAGCUCUACGAGCGCAGGAACAGCCUCAAGAACUUCAAGAUCAGCCCGCUCGCCCCGGGCUUCCUAGCGGGCUACUCGGGCUCGCCCCGACCCGGCACGCCCGAGUCCCUCUCCCCGAGCAUCCUCGAUUUCCCCUCGCUCGCGCUCAGCCCCGUCACGCCUCUCAUACCCGACCCGUUCAACCGCGGGGCGAGCAACUUGAACACCGUGGCCGAGGACAAGGCGAUUAAAGAAAAAGGGUUUUAUCUCCACCCCUCGCCCGCCAACACCCCCAGGGAUUCAGAGCCCCGCCUUUUGCCAUUGUUUCCGGUCACUUCACCUAGACUUGCCGAUUCUUCUUGAGUGAGUUCUUGUUUUUUUUCAAUCAAUUUUCAUUAAAUUGGUAGUUGUGUUUUGAUAUGUCGCGUACCAUUCAUUCUCAUGUUGUAUAAUCAGUCACAAAGAUUUGAUUUUGGGAUGAAUCCAUGGAAAAAUUUGGAGGAAGAGUAAAUUAAAUUAAGCAACUCCAUUGAGUCUCAUGUAUGAUGUGUAAUUAAUUAAUUAAUGGAUUUUUCUCUCUUUCUAUC